AUGACUGCAAUACCACAAUGCUUGUGUGAUUCGAAAACAGGGGAGAGCGCUUCACUGGUUGCACUGGAGAGAGGGUUGUGUGUUUUUGUUGAAUGUACUUGGAUUGGAUGGAAGUUAACCAUAGAGGUUGUUGUUGAAAGUUUGGAGUUGAAAGUCUCCUACAUAGGUUUUGUGAUUGGCAUUUUGUCAAACUCAACUCAGCUCAACUCAACUCAACUCAACUCAAGAGAGCCUUGUCCCAACAUUUUUGGGAUCAGUUACAUGAAUAAUGUUUCGCCAUUGUGCUGUCUUAAGGGUUGA